AUGGACUUCCGGUAGUACCGGAAGAACCUUUGUUUGUGUAUGUCAAGAUGGCGGCUGGAAUGUAUCUAGAGCACUAUUUGGACAGCAUAGAGAAUUUGCCAUUUGAACUGCAGAGGAACUUCCAGCUGAUGCGAGAUCUCGACCAGAGGACAGAGGAUCUGAAAGGACAGAUUGAUUCUCUGGCUCGUGAAUACACAGCUAACGCUCGGACAUUGUCCUCCGAACAGAAGCUCUCCCUGUUAAGACAAAUCCAGCAGUCUUAUGGGAAGUGCAAGGAGUUUGGAGAUGACAAGGUCCAGCUUGCGAUGCAAACCUAUGAGAUGGUGGAUAAGCAUAUCCGAAGGUUGGAUACAGACCUGGCUCGCUUUGAGGCUGACCUCAAGGAGAAACAGAUAGAAAGCACCGAUUAUGACUCUACCUCUAGCAAGGGCAACAAGAGUGAGUGCAACAUAGGUGAUCAUCGAGGACCCAAGAAGAAGGAGGUGACUCGCACUAGGUCAAAGGUGAAGAACUCUGAUGAUGAUUGCAGCUCCAAGAGCGGACAGAAGAAGGUCAAACUCACGCAAGGAAAUACCAAAGCGUUAGCGGUUUGCCCUACAGCCUGCUCUGAGUUUUCAACCCCGGCUGUGAACUUUGGGAACGUGCACCCCUCGGAUGUGUUGGACAUGCCAGUGGACCCCAAUGAGCCCACCUAUUGUCUCUGCCACCAGGUUUCAUACGGAGAGAUGAUUGGCUGUGACAAUACAGACUGUUCUAUCGAGUGGUUCCACUUUGCCUGUGUGGGUCUGACCACCAAGCCCAGGGGGAAAUGGUACUGCCCAAGAUGUUCACAGGAACGGAAGAAAAAAUGAACAUGCAAAACAAAAGAAUUCACAGAGAGGGAGGUAGAGGCAGAUGCAAGGGUUGAAAGUGUUUUUAAGGCCCCCCAUAGACACUAAUAUAGAUCCACUCUCUGCUUAAUCUGGUGCUUGUCAUCCUCUUUUCCAUCUUCACAUCCCUCUCUCAGCCAGACAGUAAGAAGGGAUGACGGGUGAAGAUGAAGGAGGUGUAGGUUUUAAUUUAUGUAUUCAAUAAUGAAGAUGACUUUUGUUAUGGAGUAUUUUUGGUUCUGCAUUAUUUUAUAUUCUUAUAUUUUCGGUUUGUUUAUUUGGAUUGUUUUUAUAAAGCUAAUUUUAAACACAUGAACUCAGCAGUCAAAACAGUCAGGGAGCGUAUCAACACUUGAUCUCACAGUUCUUUUUGACUGGGUUUUAACUCCAGACUGGAUAAUUGCUGUCAGUAUCCUUCUCAGAUGGUUUCUAAUAUGGGAUUAUUUCCUACUAGUCUCAGUUUUUGACUUUUAAAAAGUGGAACAGGUCCCAGAGUGGGCUUGAAACCGAUCCCUUACCUAACUUAUUUUCUCAUUUCAAUAUUCAUAAAAGGGCAAGAGUUAUAUCAACAUACCUCACCAGAUCUGACAUGUUUAUAUGACAAAAAAAAAAAAAAAUAGCUGCUCACUGGGAUCAUUUAACUUGAUUUUUACUCACACUCAGUACAGAGCCUUUCCACUAUUGUGUCUUUGUCUUACAUUCACAAAUCCUGCACUUGAAGACCACCUCUUCUCUUCAGGUCCAUUCCACAACUGUAGAUUUCAAUGCAGACAUUUUUUUGGUGCUUAUGGUCACACACUACUUAGAUCGUAUUAACUCGGUCGUAUUCCAGACUGUUGAAAAGCAUUAACACAGCAUGUAAUGUUCAAUUGAACACCUGGUCAUUAAAUGCAUUUUCUUUUUGUAACCUAUGAAUUAACUCUAGUAUUGCUGCGAGUUAAGCAGCUGGGUUCUUUGCGACUGGAUUUUGGUGCUUAUGAAUAUAUUAAAGAUGAUGUGUUUGGUUUGGUUAAAUGCGUGAAAUACACAGUACAGCUUGCAAUGGUUCUCAGUCAUUGUGUCGACGUUGUUAAAGCAGUAUGAUACUUUUUGCGAGAUGUCAGAAUCAAAUGUGUUGAUAUCAACUUGUACGUAAGAUUUGGUUGUUUUAAUAAAGCAAUUACAGGUGUGUCAGACAAUGCAAACAGUUUCAAAUCCUGGUGCUACACUGUGUGCUUUGCCGGUUCUAAUUGAUUAUAUUGUCUGGUGUACGAUGAAGGGUUUGUGUCAUGUGUUUAUUGCCUUUGUGACGUUGCUUUGUGAUUUGAUUGUUCCCGAUAUUCUAGAGUACUGUACUAAUGUCAGAUAAUGGGUCUGGUGUCUUCCAUGCUGAAUGAACAAUGCCUGAUUCUGAAAGCGUCA